AUGACAAAAUCCAUCCCCUUAUCCAUCACCCCCUUCGACUCCCUCCCAGACAAGAAACGAGUAUGGCCAGCUGCCCCAAAUUCCCAUGAGGAAGGGCUAGGCCGCCUAUCCCUCCUCACACCCGAAGUAGUUGCCUCCGCGGCACAGUCCUGCAUCAAAACCGGCAUCAGAGUCUCGCUCAACUGGGACCUGCGAAAGCUGGACACUGCCAAUUUCAACCGAGCGCCGGCGCAGCAUCACAUCGUCUCCCUGCUGGACGGGGCUGCUUUCGACGAUGUGUACAUUUUCAAUCCGCAGCAGUCGUCGCAGUGGGACGGCCUGAGACACUUCUCGGCGCCGUUUCCCACGCCCCAGGACCCUUCGCGGAGGCUAUUCUACGGCGGCGUGACGGCUGCCGAGAUUGGCGACCGGUCGAAUCAUCGCAUUGGCAUGCAGCACUGGGCCACGGAAGGUAUUUGCGGACGGGGAGUGCUGCUGGACUAUGCGGCGUGGGCGGAGAGGAACGGCGUUGAGUAUAGUGCGUUUUCGAAUCAUGCUGUUCCGUUGAGGCUGUUGAAACAGAUUGCCGAUGAGGAAAAGGUCGUAUUCCAGCGAGGAGACGUGUUGUUGGUGAGGAUUGGCGCCACGAGGGAGUGGGAUACGCGGAUGAGCCCCGCGGAUAAGUUGGCAUAUGGCAGUGAUCCUAAUCCGCAGCAUGCGGGGGUUGAAGGCACCGAGGAGAUGUUGAGAUGGAUAUGGAACGAGGGGUUUGCCGCCGUGGCGGGAGAUGCUAUUUCUUUCGAGGUGUAUCCGAAGCAGGAUUCUUAUAAGACCGAGGAUGGGCGAGAGGUCCCUGGCCUCCUGAUGCAUGAGUACUUGAUUGCGGGAUGGGGGCUGCCGGUUGGCGAGCUGUUUGAUCUGGAGGAGUUGAGCAAGACUUGUCAAAGGCUAGGUCGCUGGGAAUUUUUUGUUUCCAGUGCGCCGUUGAAUAUGCCCGGGGGCGUGAGCAGUCCUCCAAAUUGUCUUGCGAUAUUUUAG